AUGUCUUCUGCCUUGCCUUCACCGGAGCCCAGCCAGGGGGCUCACCUCGGACACGGCUCACACCGGAUUCACUCAAUUGGUCGCCACGAGAACGAAGCUAGCGGACCUGGCAGAAGCUACGCCAGGGUACAGUCAUGGGGGAAAAGCUCGAGCUCUUCUGCGUAUCCUCGUCUGUCCAAGCCUCUAGAGUUGAUGCGGAACUCAUAUGACUGCGUCGUCAUUGGUUCCGGUUAUGGUGGUGGUGUGGCAGCGUCGCGGAUGGCCCGGGCUGGCCAAUCAGUCUGUGUCCUAGAGCGCGGCAAAGAGCGAUGGCCCGGAGAGUUUCCCGUUGAGACGGGCGAUGCUCUUGACCAAGUACAUUACUCCGGCGAGUUUGCGCCUGGUUGGUUGCCGAAAAAGCUCGUCAAUGGCGGCGAUCCGACGGCAAUGUAUCAUCUCAUCUUUGGUAACGGUCAGAAUGCAGUCGUCGGCAAUGGUCUCGGUGGAACUAGCUUGAUUAAUGCAAAUGUAUACUUGGAGGCGGACGAAGAUACCCUGAAACAAGAGUAUUGGCCCCGAGAGAUUAGAGAGAACCCCAAGGAGAUGGCACAAUACUAUGAAAAGGCUAGAAAGAUGUUAGAGCCUGAGCAAUAUCCCGAAGAUUGGCCACAGCUUCCCAAGCUAGAUCUACUAAAGAAGCAGGCAAAAGCCAUGAACAUGGAGCACAAGUUUCGAAGAGUGGAGCAGACUACACGCUUUAAGAAUGGGCCCAAUGCUGCAGGUGUUGAGAUGACCCCUUCCGGCCUGACUGGUCAGGAUUGUACGGGUAUCAACGACGGCUCGAAGAACUCAACACUCGUCACAUAUAUUGCGGAUGCUUGGAACUGGGGUGCCGAAAUCUUCUGUGAAUCCGAAGUACGGUACAUUACAAAGGCACCUGGUAGGGAGGGCUACCUUAUCUAUUUCGCUUGGCACGGUCGUAAUCGGGGACACUUCAAGGCUAACCUCCAUGGUGAUCUUAUGUGGGUUCAUGCCAAGAAAGCUGUGUUCCUUGGUGCCGGUGCGAUUGGAACUACAGAGAUCCUUCUGAGGAGUAAGGAAAUGGGACUUGAGACGAGCGACCAGAUCGGGUUGAACAUGAGCGGAAAUGGUGACAUGCUUGCUUUCGGUUACAACACUGACCACGAGGUCAAUGCCAUUGGCCGCUCUCACGGUUCCCCCUAUCACCCAGUUGGACCAUGCAUCACUGGCAUAAUCGAUAACCGAUCGGGACACGCCAACCCGCUCAAUGGGUAUGUCAUCGAGGAAGGUGUAGUCCCAAAAGCCUUGGCUCCUUUCAUGCAAGCUACGCUCGAGCUUAUGCCUGGUAGCAUCGGUCCCAAAGAUGAAGGGAUCGUUGAUACCUUCAAAGCAAACCUCGCUCGUGUUGGGUCUUUCUUCUUGGGACCAUACUACCGCAAAGGUGCCAUUGAGAGGACUCAAACCUACCUUGUCAUGUCUCACGACAGCAACCAAGCCAUAUUGACCCUCAAGGACGACAAGCCUGUACUAGAGUUCCUCGGCGUUGGCCGAAGCAAUCAUGUCAAAUGGAUCAACAGCAUCCUCGAGAAAGCCACUCGAGCAGUCGGAGGCACAUUUGUGCAAAAUCCCUUCUAUGCUCUGAUGGGGCAGCAGCAAGUGACAGUCCACCCAAUUGGCGGCGCUUGCUUGGCUUCGGAGGGCACUGGAGAAAGCGGUGCAACGAACCACUUUGGUGAGGUCUUCAUGGGCAGCGGCCCGGAGACACACCGUGGUCUCAUUGUGACCGAUGCCGCCCUGAUUCCGACUGCUCUUGGUGCCAAUCCAUUUGCCACGAUCACCGCCUUGGCAGAGCGCGCAGUCGACUACUACGCCAAGCGGCAGGGGCUCAUCAUCAACGAGAAAAAGAACGGUAUCCUUGAUCUUUUUGGCUCCCCACAAUAUGGCAAUGAAUGCCAGUACGACUCCGAAGAAGAAGAGAAGGAGGACUUUGCGAGCAUCUCAAGUGCUAGCGAUGUCAUCAAAUCCGCACAACGCAUGAACGAUGGAGGAUUCGGCUUCACAGAAGUUAUGUCUGGUUUCAUCCACGCCGAGCAGGGCCUGAAGGCCGACAGCCAACAGUCAUACGAGUUGGCUGCGAGAAUCGCCGAGUCGCGGUGCGAAGCGGCGCGGUUCUUCCUCAGUGUCCAGUCCUUCAACACUAGGUCGAUUGUGCACGACCCUGAGCACAAGGCCAUGCUGACGGGUACCUUCUCUUGCCCAACCAUAACAGGUUCUCCAUUCAUGGUACAGCGUGGCGACUUCAACCUCUUCCGACAAUACAUGGGUGCACCGGGGACCAAAAACCUCGUGUACAACUUCAUGAUGCGCGGCACCGACGGCAGGCUCCUCCAUUUCCGCGGCGUCAAGGUUGUCGACUCCUCGGUCGCUUUGAACCCCGUCCAGUUCUGGAAGGCCACAAGCACUCUCUACGUAACAGUCAGGAAGGCCAGGCCAAACACGACGUUCCGCGAAGACACAUUGGAGGACGAGGCAACGAAGGGCAUCAUCAUCGCCAAGGGCAUCAUGAAGAUCCAGCCAGCAGACUUUGCGAGCCAAAUCCUGACCAUGACGCCCACCGGUAGCGGUCUGCUGAAGAAGGCCGUGAGCGCUGCCAGCUUCAUGACCUACUUCACUCGCAAGUCUUUGUCACUGUUCCUGGCACCUCUCACGCCCCUGCAAUACCCCAGCCAGAGCUACAAUGGGUACAUCAACGAGACCUUGCCCGACGCCACGUAUAAGAUCGAGGCUGAAGAUGGAGUUGUCACACGCAUGCAGAUGUACGAGCCUACCAACAAGACCCUGGAGAAGAAGGUUCUCUUCCUGAUCCCGGGUGCCUCGGUCGACCACCAGAUAUUCGCUCUGCCCACGAUCGAGUGCAACGCGGUCAACUAUUUCACCAGGGCAGGCUACCGUGUCUAUAUUACCGUGCACCGCAUCUGCGCCCUGAUGGUGGCGCAGAACAACUGGACGACGUUCGACGCGCGCAUCGACAUCAAGGCCUGCCUAGAGAAGAUCCGCAAGGACAACCACGACCAGCCCGUCUACGCCAUCGCCCACUGCAUGGGCAGCGUGGCCUUCUCGACCGGCCUGCUCGACGGCACCAUCCCGGCCAGCUGGAUCUCGGGCGUCACCUGCAGCCAGGUCUUCAUGAACCCGAUCUGGAACACGCUGAACAUGAUCAAGAUCAUGGCCUUCCCCCUCGUGCCCCUGGACAGGAUCUACAAGCUGCUCUGCGGCAACUGGUUCUCCUGCAGCACGGGCGAGGACGACAGCUACGCGCAGAAGGCGCUGAACGAGGCGCUGCGGCUGAUGCCGGACGAGCGGCGGGAGCUGUGCAACAGCGCGUCGUGCCACCGCAUCAGCCUGACCUUCGGCCGGUGCUGGAACCACGGCAACCUGAACGAGGCGACGCACCGGCAGAUCGACCGCUUCUUCGGCGGCGUCAACAUGACCAUGCUGCACCUGCUGAUGCGGCAGGGCUACGAGGGCGGCGUCAUGUCCAACGGCCCCCUGUUCGAGCGCCUCGACACCCCCGACAACGUCCGCCGCCUCCGCGACGUCCCCUUCCUGCUCUUCGUCGGCCGCGACAACGCCGUCCUCAGCCCCACCGCCACCGAGCGCACCUACGAGGUCCUCUGCGACACCUUUGGCACCCGCGACACCCGCGACAACGACGGCCUGCAGUACAAGAGGCGCGUCGUGCCCAACUACGGCCACCUGGACUGCUGGAUGGGCAGGAACGCCUACAAGGACGUCUACCCCUUCGUCAGGGAGGAGGUGGAUCGGGUGAUGAGGGGAGAGGCUUAUGUGUUCGAGGAGCCUGAUGAUUAUAUCAAGAAGAUGCAGGAGUAA